AUCUUUUAUCCAAGAAUAACGCUUCGCAACCUACGAUGAAAAAAGAUCUCAAGGGGCGGGGCGGGGCGGCUCGCGGGAGUUCUAACUUCUACUUCAAAAUUCUCUCAGUUUCUCAUUCAAAUCCUUUCGUCUCUUCUUCUUCUUUUGCAAAAUUGGAACCAAAUUCUUUGUUCUUCUUUCAGAUCCUGACCACUUUCACCUUCUCAGGUUUACAACGAAGUCAAAGGAUGGAAUUCUGGAAUAAUUAACACCAUAUACCUUCACAAGCUCACUAGUCUUAGGCUUUGAGGAAGACAGGUUCAGAAUUAUGGUGGUUAAGGAAGUUCUUUGACUGAGAAUGUUAAGAUUUCUAGAAGUGUUCAGAUUUUUCCUUUGAAAUUCAUUUCAUCAGCGGAGUUACUCUAUCAUAGAUUAGACUUUAGAGCAGGUGAUGGAAAUGGCCGUUUGCGAUGCAAAAGCUAGUUUGGAAAAGAAAAGGAAACGAAAGCAGAGAAGAAGAGGUAAGACCACCAGAGACGAUAACAAAGGUUGCAAUCCUGCUGAAGAUAAUGCUUCAGUAGAAAAUAAUGUUUCUCAAGAAUCUCUAAAUGGAAUGUGCUUGAACAUGGUCCCAGAAAUGAGGCAAUCUCAGUUAGAAGUAAAUUUGUUAGGAGAAAAGAAUCAGGAGAAGCACGAUGAUUUACAAUGUGGAGAAGCUACUGGAAUAUCUGUCUUGACCCCCUUGAAUGUUGAAAUUCUUAAAGAAGAUGACGAGACAUCUACUUCCCCAAAUGUAGACUUUUGUUUGGCAGAAGGGAAGGAAAAUUCUUCAGUUCCCAAGGAUCCAGAUGGGAACGGUACUAAUAUGGUUAAAAGAGAUGAUGAACGUACAGAGACCAUGGAUCAUUCAGCUCCUUCAAGCCAUGUUGAAUCCCAAAGGACAAGGAAAAAAAGGCGGCGGCGUAGAAAGAGGAAGUCGGUAGAAUCCCCUAAAAAAUGUUUGGAAACCAAUAUGGAGGAUGAAAAUAAAGUUUCUCUAUUGAUCCAUUCUCAUGAAGAGGAGACAAAUAACCACCCUAAAAAAUUUGUAGUAGAAGAGGUUAUGAAUGGUGUUCUGUUGGAAGAAUCAGUUGACUGCACAAUUAGUAAAAAAACAGAGUUGGUGUCUGCAAAUAUCGAGGAAAGUUCCAUGGUUGUUGCAGGUCCUAAGAAGUCCAAGGAUUUCGAAAAUGUUAAGAUGGUUAAAGAAGAUGAUGGCUGCUUAGAGACUAAGUAUUCCUUGGCUCAAUCAAACAAUGAUGAUAACCCUGGCAAAAGAAAAAGAGAGGUAACAAUAGCAAAAGGUCGAAGAGGCAGAAAAUUUGCAGAUACCUUUGAAGAAAGUUUGAAUUUUUAUGUGAAAGACACUAAGAAAGAUGCUGCAUUCAACUGUGUAAAUGAAGAGGGUGCAACUAGUAUGCAUGAGCAUUCUACCACCACCAAGAUAGUAAAAGAUGUAAUGGUGGAAGAAGUGUUAGUCAACUGUUCUGUGGGUGCCCAUACAUCAGAUGUGAAGGAGAGAGAGGAAACCAUAAAGAAGAAGGUUCCUCAUUCGUUGGCCUGUGAUGCAACAAAUGAUAACAUCAGUGCAACUGGUUUGUCAAAGAAAAAACUUCUCAUACUUGAUGUAAAUGGACUGCUCGUAGAUUUUGUUCCAUAUUUUCCAGAUGGAUAUACUCCAGACUUCGUUAUAUCACGCAAAGCAGUGUUUAAGAGGCCCUUCUGCGAUGAAUUCCUACAGUUUUGUUUUGAGAGAUUUGAAGUGGGGAUAUGGUCAUCGAGAACCUGGAGGAACCUGGACAUGUUAGUAAGGUUUCUUAUGAGAGAUUCCAGACGCAAGCUACUUUUUUGCUGGGAUCAAUCACACUGUACUACUACAAGGUUCACCACUAUUGAAAAUGAUAGGAAGCCCCUUGUUCUGAAGGAACUGAAAAAAAUAUGGGAAAAUUUGGAACCAUAUCUUCCAUGGAAAAAGGGGGAGUUCAAUGAGUCGAAUACUUUAUUGUUGGAUGAUUCACCGUACAAGGCCCUACGUAAUCCACCUAAUACUGCUGUAUUUCCCACUUCAUAUCGGUACAAGGACAGUGAUGAUACAUCAUUAGGGCCUGGUGGUGAUCUUCGUACUUAUUUGGAGGGUGUUUACGCGGCAGAAAAUGUUCAAAAAUAUGUUGAACAGAAUCCAUUUGGUCAAAAACCCAUAUCUGAAUCUAGUCCAUCUUGGAAAUUCUACCGUAAGAUUAUAGAGAGUGAGCAGGAAAGAUGAUGUAGGUGUUCAUUGGCUCACAUAUGAAGUCCGCUCUAACUUCCCAAGUAAAUGUAGCUUUUAUGAUCUGGAAUCGUUUCUGCGACACGAUUCCCACAUGCUGGUGAUUAGUUCUCAUGAAAGACGUGGCCAUAUAUUUAAAAAUUGGUUCACAUGAUUAUUUGCUAUAUAGUAGUUCAUCCUCUGCCAUAGUUGGAUAACCGUUGCUUAGCUUUCAAGAUUAGAAGAGCCAGCCUUUGAUCCCUUCUAUAUACUUCGUUAGUUUUAUGUUUCUUUGUGGCCAAUUUUGUCAACUAAUCCGGUGAGUACAGAUUCACCGUUUUUCUUAAUGAUAUUUACUUUUAGUUGUAGAUUACGAGCACACAGAGAGUUUUUACUUGCUAGAAAUACGUAGCUAGAAAUUGAGUUUACUCUAGUCAAAAUGUUGCAUUGUAUUUGUAAUUUGUAUAAACGUUUACGGCUUGUAGUUUGAAAUUUGUUUCUGACGAGGGAUGGAAGAUUCAAAGCAAUGAUCUGACAAUGUAAUUUCAUUCAUUUUAGACACUUUUGUUGUGUAUUUUGUCGCUUAUGAAGGUUAAUUCGUACAAUGUUUGGUUAUCUCAUAUAUCUUUGCAUUUAGAAAAAAAAUUGACUUUGACGUAUACUUUCAUUUCUUGCUUUCAAACUUCUUCGAUCAGGUUCUGAAGAGAAAAAUAAAUCCUUGGAUGCAUUCUAGGGAAUUUCAGCUAUGCUGCAUCUAAGUAUUGAUGCGGUUCUGAAUUAAGGUCAUCAUUGAAGCUUCUGCUGAUGAUUGACAUUGACAAAUGUGGGAGAAUUCGUCGGACAUGACUCUCAGCUUCUAAAGAGUGAUCAAUUCAAGGGAGCAGCUCGGUUAAGGCCCAAUAAGUGCUAUUCAUCGCCACACUUGGCAAGAGAGAAGAGGCUCAUCCCAAGUCAUCAUUGUGGGAAAUGGAAUGAGACUUGAAAUUGAGAAAUUUUUGAAAAUCCCUCUUGAAUUAUUCUUUUUGAAGUGAUUGUUCUUUUGGAAAAAUUACUGCUUACACACUGGUUAUAAGAGUUUCUAAAUAGUGUUUUUAGUGGUUAAAAAGUUUCAUCAUGAAAGUUGAUCAUUAAAAACUCAGCAUUAUGAAGUCAGUAGGUUAUUCUUAUGAACUAUUUGACACAUGAUGUUGAUAGAGGAUUGAACUUCCAAUCUCUAGGAAAGAAAGCAUUGAACUUCCAAUCUCUAGGAAAGAAAGUAUUGUCAAUUGUUAUUGAGCUAAGAUUACUUUGAUUUAUGCACUAUAAUAUUUGAUUGUGAUUCUAUGUA